AUGGAGAAGCUGAACACUGAAGAUGGACAACUCUUCAUCAAGAACCUCGCCAGCUUCGUCCGCACUCACGAGAAAGCCCUCGCGAACGCUCUACAGCUUCGACGCCAAUCCAAAAAUGUUGUGACCCCACAAUCUCCCCCGGGCUCCUCGAGCUCAGGUGGCUCCUCUUUCUCCUCGACGUCCUUGACCCUGGCGUCUGCCCUGUCCUUUGGGGCGCUGAAGUUUACGUCGCAGAGCAUCAAGCCCGCCAAACUGACCCUCACCCCGCAUCACCUGUUCUACCUGCUAUCACAAUUCGAGGAUCUGUCCAUUGCGGUGGGCCCCAUGAACGUCCGACUGGAGAACAUCCAUACCGAUGUCUCACAGUCGUAUGUUUCGUUUCUGAACAAGCCUCAGCGUUCCAAAGGAGAUGGUGCCUCAAUUCAUUCCGUAUCCAGUGUCCGGAGUGUCAUGUCGGGCAUGAGCGGCCUCUGGUCAUCAUUCGGUCUGGGAUCCAAGGACUCUUCCUCCAAAUCCGAGAGGGCCAAAUCGGCCCUGGAAGCUGACUUGAAGUAUCUUUACUCCGCUUUCACGAAAAUCCCCUGCCUGCGUCUCGCCCCGGACCACCGUGCCUGUCUGAUCCGUGGCUAUGAGGAGUUUCCUUUCGAUACGGCUGUGCCGCUCCAUUCUUUCAAAAACCUGAGUGCGCUAGAGAUCAUUGACUUAGACUACCGUUCGUUUUAUGGGUGGGACCGACUAUCGGAGCAGCUGAGGACCUUGUCCAUCAAACGGGCCCAUCUGGAUGACCCCGCCGACCUGUUGACGCGGAUUGUUUUGGAUGAUAUCGACAAGCGACGGCGCCGAUCAACCAAGUCUCAACAAUCGCCGCCGCUCGGGUGGACCAACAGCAGCAGCGCUCAGCCUGUGCACUCUGCGGCUCAUACUUCUCUUUCUGCUCCCGGCUCGCCCAUCGCCGAGACUCGACUGGCUACCAGCACGAGCCCCAAGGCUGCUCCGAUGAUCCGAGGUAGCUCGGAAGGUGCAAAGAUUCGCAAUAGGGCUGAUAGUAUCUCCCCGACGCGACCGACCACAAAGCAUGGCCAUCAGCGCCAUAGCCGUGGUCAAUCGGCGCGCAUUCGACGAACGGGCUCCGGGAGCUCGAACUCAAGCGACACCUCGGGCGGUUAUCACACUGGAAGCUCUUCCAAUCUCCUCGCCGGCGUUCUGCCUGCAUCCAAAUGGCGCUUCCUACGACACCUGGGUCUGCCGGACAAUGCGUUGACUUCAAUUUCCACGGCCAGCCUGGCUCCUGUGGCGAACACUCUCAACUCGCUCGACCUGUCCUCUAAUCUGUUGACGGAGAUCCCCGAUAGCCUGGCAUCUCUCAUGGCUCUUCGCGCCCUGAACCUUUCCCACUGCAUGAUUGAGUCCUUGCAUUCUCUCUCGCGCAACCCUCUGCCUGCUAUUACGGCUCUCAACCUUCGCGGCAACCGCCUUCGCUCGCUGGCCGGAAUCGAACGCUUGCUUUCUCUGGAGAGAUUAGACCUCCGCGACAACAACCUCAUGGACCCAACGGAGAUGGCUCGGCUCACCAGUCUCCCUGAAAUACGGGAGAUCUGGGUGUCUGGCAAUCCAUUUACCAAAACCCAUUCGGGUUACCGGGUUGUGAUUAUGAAUCUCUUCCGCCGCACACCCGGCUACUCAGAGGAUAUCAUUAUCGAUGGCCGUGGCCCGGGUUAUACCGAGAGGAAGCAGCUGGCCGAUCGAGUGGCAGAACCUGAAGGUGCCCCAGUGGUCCGCUCUGCCGUGGCAGAUCAGUCGACCGUUGUGCACAAGCCCGCCAAUGUCGGAGUUAUCCAAGGGACUCCACUGCCCAAGACGGCGGACGAUGAAGUCCAAGUGCACCCGAAGGCUGCUCAGCGCAGUGAUCAUGAAACGGGAACUGGACGUCGGAAGAAGUCCCAGCGCCGAAGAAUCGCUGAUCUAUCGACGGAAAACCCAUUCACGACGGACGGCUUGGGUAGUUCAGGACCAUCGUUGCCUCUGGCUCAGCCGACACAGCAGGUCCACUCCCCCAUCAAUCCGCCGAUUGUGCUUCCAUACGACCACCAAUGCAAGCUCGAUAGCGCGAUCCAAUCGGGCUCCUCGAGCAUGAUCCAAACCCCUCUCAAGUCAGGAAACUCGGCAAGCCCACCUCCUGUACAGCCUGCUGUGGCACACCCAGCUCCGGGAAAGGAUUGGGUCUUGGACGAGGAGCUCUGCCGCCAACAGUUAGAAGUCCUUCGACAGGAAGUGGGACAGAACUGGAUCACGGUGUUGGGAGACCACCCGUGGGACAACCCGCCAAAUAAUCUACCUGGACAUCUUGCCUCAAGCAGUUUGGACCACUCACCACUCCCAACGGCGUCACUUGCCCGGGCGAAUAGCCACGCUAUAAUGAGCGGUGGCCAUGCCCCCUAG